UCAAUUGUCACACAAGCGACUCUCCCAAGGCGAUGACGUUCUGAAACAAUAACCACAAGGGAAAAGGAUAAAGCAGCAGAUAUACUUGCGGGUCGUGGUUGACUUCACCCAACAGUCUGUCGAGUUACAAAUCGAAGGGUUUAGAUGUAUACUAUAUAAUAUCGCAAGGAAUGUUACCGGAGAGAGACGAAGAUGAAGAAGACAAGCCCCCACGCACACAAAACCCGAAACGGACAACUCAUUGGACUCUCUGAAGCAUGCAUUUAUGGACUCUGUAACUGUUCCGAGGCUGCUUGCGUUCUCAGGUUUUGUCAGAUCUCAGGACUAUGCUAAUGCUAUUGCGAUGCAUUCUCUUCCACACACACUGAACAGACCCCACUCUCCCCGCCUGUUACUGUGGAAUGACUUGCCAUCUUGCCUGGUCUCUCCUAUGGUACGCCAGUUCUUAUCAUUGCCCUUUGAUGAUUUUGCUGUGCGCUAACAUGGUGUGGUUAGGGGUUUACCAAAUCUUGAUGAGAAAGAAUGCAGAUGAACUGUUUGAUAAUUUGUCUCACUGGCAAUUGCAUGUGGCUAGUGACUAGCCAUGGCUUAAAUUCAUGGCCCCUUAUGAAAAUUUUAGAGCUUUUUACUGUGUGAAAACACAAGAAAGAAAUUUCAUCGCUUUUUGGCUAGCUAGGGCAAUUUAUGUGUCUAGCGAUUUUCUUAGUUUCUGGAGGCAUACCGGAAGCAAAUACCAUCCUCCAUCAUCAUACUUGUCAGGGUUUGAAUUGGCUUCAUCCUUCAUGUCUGGAACCAAUUUAAGACUAAUGUAGAGAUGAAUAUUUUUUAUGGAAAAAAAAAAGGCUGACAUGUGGGACCACCAGUACCGCUCUGUCUCCACUUUCCUUCCCUCUUUUUCUUCAUUCUUUAUGUUUCUAACUUUCAAAGCUCUUCCAGGUCCCCAAAAAAAAAAAAAACUUUCUAACCUCUUAAGAGUUUUUCCCCCUAAAAAUAUUUAUUAUUAAAAAAUGAAUUGUUUUCAAUUGCUUUCUAUUGGAUAUUUUGUCCUAUCUUAAGGUCGCACGUUUGGCCUUAGGUUCAUAACCCACACAUUUAUAGACCUUUUGAUUAGUGCUUAUUAGUUUUUAAUUGAUGGAUCUAUCCCUCACUAAGUGUUUAUCUGUUGAUUGAUAAGCAUAAGACCAUACAGAACGUGUUGCUGUCCAUCACAUGAGCUUCAAAGUUUUUGCUUAAAAAAGAGAGGACAACGCUUUAUUGAAGGCACAAGAAUGUCGAAACUGCAGAGGACUCAUGUUAAUUGCAUAUCCUGUUUAGGACUAUUCUCAAUCUUCUUUCUCUCUGGUUGGGUCCUUAAGACACCUCCAAUAUGCUUAACCUCCAUGUUGAGCUUAUGGUUACCUUCUUCACAUAUACUGAUAAAAUUACGUUUUUAUUCCUAUUUUUGUAUAGCAGAAUGCAAGAUACGUUAUCACCAAUAGCUAGUUAAGGAAUCUGGCAUGUUUGAAGUUCUUUUUAAUUGCUAGAGCAACACGGGAGCAAAUAGUAUCUCCUGCGAUAGCCAAUGACAGGUGCCGAUCACGUGCUGAAGGGGACAGCAAGGAUUUGUUGACCAAAUUUGCAGUGAACCCUGUUUCUGAGAUAAAUCCUGUGUCUCUCUGUGCACGGACUGGAACCUCACUUGAAUGCUCCUCCAAAAGGAACAUGGGCAUGAGACUUGUACUUUUCACCAAUCUCAUUCACCACUGCAUUUUCUGUCCUGCUCCAUCUCUUUCCUUUUUGUCUAUUCCUUGAAGUUCAUAAAUGCUUUGGAAUGAUAGGUCAUAAUUCACAUAUUACAUUUUAUUUAUAUGAUAAGACACGUUAAAAUAAUAAGAUAUGCGCAUAGAACUCUCUCAUUCUAUAUCCAUAUUUGAAUGUUCAGUUUCAAGUUUAUUAAAUAUAUAUGUUGAAUAUCCUUCUCAAAUUAAAGCAUAGAUGCUUUUAAAAAAAAUAAUGUUUUUAUUUGAUGUCUUUUAGAUGGCACAAGACUCUAAGAAUUUUGUGAUUUAAAAGUAGAAUAAAUUUUCUUAUUGUUUCAUCUGAUAAAAUAUCAGAGCCGUGACCCUACCUAGAGAAAUUUUGCUCACUGAGUGACAUAGGUUGAAAAGUCAUUUUUGCUGCAAUCUUUAUAUAUUUUAACAUGUUGUCCUUGGCACUGUAAGCAAUUUAUUUGUAUUCACAGAUUAUUUUGCCCUAUUCCAUUAGUUGGAUCUUAAAUUCUUUUUUAUUUUAUUUAUUUUUAUAUUUAGGGUCUAAAAUACUUUAUGGGCAUUAAUGUAAUCUCUUCAAUAGUCCAUGCUAAGAAAAAUUAUCAUUAUCAUUUCACUUUUAUAAAUUUUUUUUCAACAAAGUAAUCUUGUAAGCCUGUUUAUUAAUCUAUUACCACAGGCGAGUCCUAAAUAAAAAAUUCUUGUAAGCCAGAAAUAAUUGAAUAUUCACAUUAAUUCAAUUUCUAUUAUAUAAAAUAAUGACUUAAUGACUUAUUCUACUUCACACCUACGAAUGUACAAAAAGUUCAAUAUACCUACCUACCUUACUGUAUCUUUAUUUUGUGCCCCUCUAUAUAUAUAUCCAUUCCAUUUCCAUACCCUUAUUCUCUCAAGAACUGAACCAACAAUCUGAAGAGAAGCAAUGUCAAAAGCAGGCUCAUCAAGAUGGAGUCCAACCCCAGAGCAGCUGAUGAUUUUGGAGGAACUGUACAGGAGUGGGAUUAGAACUCCUAGUGCCUCCCAAAUCCAACACAUUACAACUCACCUUUGUUUCUAUGGUAGGAUUGAAGGAAAGAAUGUGUUCUACUGGUUUCAGAAUCACAAGGCCAGGGAUAGGCAGAAGCUCAGGAGGAAACUAAACAAGCAGCUCCAACUACAACAACUGCAACAGCAGCAGCAGCAGCAACAUCAGAUGCUAGUCCACCAAUGCCAGGUGAUUAAUCAGGAUAAGACUCAUCGUUGGUUUUUUGGUGGCUUUGAUUCUUCUCUUGGUUCUUCUGCCCAACAAGUUUCUUUUUAUAACCCAGCCAUCUUGCUUUCUCAGGGAGAAGCAGGAGAGACAUCAUCAGAGACAUGGAAGAUUGCGCAGAACCAACAAAGUGAGGUGGAUAAAACAACGAGUACGUCAUCACUUUACAACUAUGGUAUGAUGAAUUGUUGGAGUUUUGUCGAUGUUAAUGAAGCAUCCUCAUGUUGCACAAGCCGGCCUCUCAAGACUCUUGACCUGUUUCCAACCGCAUCCUCCAAACUCAGAGAAGACCCCUUAAACCUAGAACUCUGAUCACAGUGAAGAAGCUAAUGAUCUCUCUCUCUCUCUCUCGCCCCUUUUAGGAAUCUAUGAUAAUGUACUAUUUACUUGCAGACCUUGGUCUUGUAUUGUACGUAGGGCCUCGAGCCAUGGCUUUUCAAAACAUGAUAAAACCAUUCACCGUUUAGAUUAUAUUGUAGAAAUAUGCACAACAUUCUCCUCGGUUAACGUUUGUCGGUA